AUGUCCUCGCACCCCACGUCCAUCUCCCUAUCGCCCUACGAAGCCCUACCCUUGACUUACGGGGAGAUACGCGUCCUGGAGGUCGCUGCCGCAAGUGGCGGUGAGAUCCUCGAGUGUAACUUGAAACGCAUUUCGCUCCUUGGUCAUCCCGUGCCAUGCUACGAGUCGAUAUCGUAUUGCUGGGGACCUCCGGGAAAUCUGUCGACUAUAAUACUCAAUGGGCAUCUGGUAGAGGUGCCGGCAAGUUCGGAGGCCGCUGUUAGGCGCAUGCGACUCAGCGACCGACCGCGAGUACUUUGGAUCGAUGCGAUAUGUAUCGAUCAGUCAUCUACGACCGAACGUAGCGCCCAAGUAGCUUUCAUGGCGACUGUAUACAGCACCGCGAAGCAUAAUCUCGUUUACCUUGGCGAAGAUGACGACGACAUGGCUGAGAGAGCCAUGAAGGCUCUUGGGGACGUUGUGGAUGACAUGCGCCCCGCGACUGCAGACUUCACCCUAGUGUGGGAAACCAUGCGCAAUGAGAAUUGGGGCACUGCUUCAUACUCAAACGAACCGUUUAGCGCGAAUGUUGACUUCGAAGCUCUUGAAGCUCUUUUCAGUCACCACUGGUUCAGGUAA